CCCCGCGCGCCCCGGCCCGCGCGCCCGGCCUGCGCGCGCCAUGGAGCCCGGCCGCGGCGGCACCGAGGUCGUGGGCAAGUUCGAGUUCUCCCGCAAGGACCUGAUCGGCCACGGCGCCUUCGCGGUGGUGUUCAAGGGCCGCCACCGGGAGAAGCACGACCUCGAGGUCGCGGUCAAGUGCAUUAACAAGAAAAACCUUGCCAAGUCCCAGACACUGCUGGGGAAGGAAAUCAAGAUACUGAAGGAACUGAAACAUGAAAACAUUGUGGCGUUGUAUGACUUCCAGGAAAUGGCUAAUUCCGUCUACCUGGUCAUGGAGUACUGCAACGGCGGGGACCUUGCUGACUACCUGCACACCAUGCGCACGCUGAGUGAAGACACCAUCAGGUUGUUCCUGCAGCAGAUCGCAGGUGCCAUGCGGCUGCUACACAGCAAGGGCAUCAUCCACCGGGACCUCAAACCCCAGAACAUCCUGCUGUCUAACCCUGGGGGGCGCCGGGCCAGCCCCAACAACAUUCGCGUCAAGAUCGCUGACUUCGGGUUUGCGCGCUACCUCCAGAGCAACAUGAUGGCGGCCACGCUCUGCGGCUCCCCCAUGUACAUGGCCCCCGAGGUCAUCAUGUCCCAGCACUAUGAUGGGAAGGCAGACCUAUGGAGCAUCGGCACCAUUGUGUACCAGUGCCUGACGGGGAAAGCACCCUUCCAGGCCAGCAGCCCUCAGGACCUCCGCCUGUUCUAUGAGAAGAACAAGACGCUGGUCCCCACCAUUCCCCGUGAGACCUCCGCUCCACUCCGGCAGCUGCUCCUGGCCCUGCUACAGCGCAACCACAGGGAGCGCAUGGGCUUUGAUGAGUUUUUUCACCACCCUUUCCUUGACGCCAGCGCCUCCAUCAAGAAGUCCCCGCCUGUGCCCGUACCCUCAUACCCAAGCUCAGGCUCUGGCAGCAGCUCCAGUAGCAGCUCCACCUCCCAUCUGGCUUCCCCCCCGUCCCUGGGGGAGAUGCCCCAGUUGCAGAAGACGCUCACUUCCCCGGCUGCAGCCACUGGCUUCCUGCACAGCUCACGUGACUCUGGCGGCAGCAGCAAAGACUCCUGUGACACAGAUGACUUUGUUAUGGUCCCCGCCCAGUUUCCAGGUGACCUUGCAGCUGAGACGGUCGGUGCGAAGCCCCUGCCGGACAGCCUGCUGUGCAGUGGGAGCUCACUGGUGGUCUCUGCUGGCCUGGACAGCCAUGGUCGGACACCCUCUCCAUCCCCCCCUUGCAGCAGCACCCCUAGCCCCUCAGGCCGGGCUGGCCCAUUCUCCAGCAGCAGAUACGGUGCCUCUGUCCCCAUCCCAGUCCCAACUCAGGUGCACAACUACCAGCGCAUCGAGCAGAACCUGCAGUCGCCCACCCAGCACCAGAUGCCCCGGUCAUCCACCAGGUCACCUGGCAGUCGCCGGUCAGGCAGCACCAGCCCCCUGGGCUUGGCCCGGGCCAGCCCCUCGCCCCCAGCCCAUGCCGAUGCAGCCCUCCUGCCCAGGAAGUUGUCCCUGGGUGGGGGCCGGCCCUACACACCAUCUCCACAAGCUGGAACCAUCCCUGAGAGACUGGCCUGGAGCAGGGCCCCCUCCCCACAAGCAGCUGAGAUGUGGACUGGCAGGUCCUUGCGUCCAGGCUCCUCCGUGCCCGAGCACUCGCCCCGUUCCUCUGGCCUGGGCUGCCGCCUGCACAGUGCCCCCAACCUGUCUGACUUGCACGUCAUCCGCCCCAAGCUGCCCAAGCCGCCGAUGGACCCGCUGGGAGCAGCCUUCAACCCACCCCAAGCCAGCCCUUCCCCACCAUCCCACGGGCUACAGUCCUGCCGGACCCUGCGUGGCUCACCCAAGCUGCCAGACUUCCUGCAGCGGAACCCCCUGCCCCCCAUCCUGGGCUCCCCCACCAAGGCCACGCCCUCCUUCAACUUCCCUAAGACCCCCAGCUCCCAGAACCUGCUGACCCUGCUGGCCCGGCAGGGCGUAGUGAUGACACCCCCCCGGAACCGGACGCUGCCUGACCUCUCAGAGGUGGGGCCCUUCCGGGGACAGCAGCUGGGCUCCGGACUGCGGCCCAUGGAGGAUGCCAGGGGCCCGGUCGGCCGGUCCUUCAGCACCAGCCGCCUCACUGACCUGCUGCUCAGGGCGGCCUUCGGGACACAGGCCUCGGACUGGGGCAGCACCGACAGCCUGCAGGAGAGGCCAAUGGAGACCGGUGGGCAGCUGGACUCUGGGAUCUGGGUGGGGUGCAGUGGUGAGGGAAGAUGGCCUCUGAGCACCUCUCCUCUACCCCCCGCCGCCACAGCACCCUCUGCUGGCUUUGGAGGGAACCUGCACCCAGGAGCCCGUGCUGGAGGUGCCAGCAGCCCCGCACCUGUGGUGUUCACAGUGGGAUCCCCACCCAGUGGGACCACACCACCUCAGGCCUCACGCACUGCAGCCUUCUCAGUGGGCUCUGCUGGCUCCUCCACUCGCCACCUUGUGUCCGGGGCCUGCAGUGAGGCUGCGCCUGAGCUGCCCCCCGCCGGCCACUGCUGCAGCUUUGCCGACCCCAUCGCUGCCAACUUGGAGGGGGCUGUGACCUUCGAGGCUCCGGACCUCCCUGAGGAGACCCUCAUGGAGCAAGAGCACACGGAGAUCCUGCACAGCCUACGCUUCACGCUCAUCUUCGUCCAGCACAUCCUGGAGAUCGCCGCCCUGAAGGGCAGUGCCAGCGAGGCGGCUGCAGGCCCCGAGGUCCCGCUGCAGGAGAGUGUGGUGGCCGACCAGAUCAGCCUGCUGAGCCGCGAGUGGGGCUUUGCGGAGCAGCUCGUGUUGUAUCUGAAGGUGGCUGAGCUACUGUCCGCUGGCCUACAGACCGCCAUUGACCAGAUCCGGGCUGGCAAGCUCUGCCUGUCUUCCACUGUGAAGCAAGUGGUGCGCAAGCUGAACACGCUCUACAAGGCCAGCGUGGUAUCCUGCCAGGGCCUGCGCCUGCGCCUGGAACGCUUCUUCCUGGACAAGCAGCGACUGCUGGACCGCGUCCACAGCAUCACUGCCGAGAAGCUAAUUUUUAGCCAUGCUGUACAGAUGGUGCAAGCGACCGCCCUGGAUGAGAUGUUCCAGCACCAUGAGGGCUGUGUGCCGCGCUAUCACAAGGCCCUAUUGCUCCUGGAAGGGCUGCAGCAGCUGCUCUCGGACCAGGCCGACAUCGAGAACAUCGCCAAGUGUAAGUGGGGGUGGCCUUGGGGGGCGGCCCUGAGGUGUGUCCGCCUUACACCUCCUCUUCCCGUAGGCAAACUGUGCAUCGAGCGGAGGCUCUCGGCUCUGCUGACUGGCAUCGGUGCCUGACCCCUCGGACCCCAACUUGCCACACCCUGCCGACCCCACAGGGUGGGCUUGUGUGCUGCCCACCGGUCCUGGGGCCGCUGGACGUGGCUGUGCUGUGGUAUUCCAGGCAGCUCCUCCCCCUGUGCAGCAGACUCAGAACCUCCCAUGCCAGGCAGGGGCGCCAAGUGGUGGCAGGUAGGCACACGGAGACCCUGCCACUUGCCAGGAACCCAGGACAGUCAAGGCCCUGAGACAGCGCUGCUGACUCCACGCCAAAGAGAGCCUUUCUUCUCCUCGUCCUUGUCAAUCACCCGGGCACUUUAUGCAGAUGGAGACUGGCCUCAUCACACAGAGAACAGCGUCUGCUGUCCAGCUCCAGCCCUGUCACAUGUGGGUCUGUGCCCUCACACACCCAUCACGCCCAUUGCGCGUGUGCACCAGCUGUUGGGCUGCCUGUGUCUGCUCCUGGCAGCCGGACUGAGGCCGAGCUCCUGCCCCAACACACCAGGUCGGCAUCUGCCUUUCCUCCCAGAACACGUUGCAUUUUUUUUGUAGCUCACUUUUUCUUGAAAGAAGAAUACUUGGAAGCAUUUAAGGCAAGAACAAGGACAACCUUGGCCUUACUGUGGGGGCAGACGAUGCUGGGUGCCAGUGUGACUGCGACUGUAUGUGUGUGGCUGGGCACAUGAGUGGCUGGCUGAGUGUAUGUUUGACUGGGUGUCCCCAUGGUGCAGCCCUGGGGCACAUGGUGGUAGAUGUGUUGCACUCAUGGUGGACAAGUGCAAGUGAAUGUCUCAUGCGACACACGACAGCAUAUGCAAGCCCUCCCCGCUGAGCUUUAGCCUCGUCACUGUCAUGGCCCUGCUGUUCUGCCAGGACGGGCAGUCCCUGCGGCUUCCAGGGCAGCACAAGCUGGGGCUGCUGUGGCCUCGGGGCCCAGCUCUGCCUGAAUCUACUUGAAUGUACCACAGAGAGUCCAUAGGAGGUGGUUGUGGGUCUGUGGCACCCAUACAUAGGAGGGGGUUCAGAGGUCAUGCCACACACACGUGUUUUUUUUUUUGCAAUACUUGAAAUAUCGCCACUGUGCUUGGACUUGGAAGAAAGCAGAGCUCCCCGGCACAUGUCCCGUGUUGGUAUUUAUUGCAGGGAAGCGCCUACAUCCUGGUGUCCAUGUGCCCUGUGUGCCUGGUGCCCCAGCCGUGAACGCCUGUGGGUGUGUGUCCCGUUCUCCCGAGACUAUCAAAUAGACUUUGUCUAUUUGGAAACAUACUAUGUGAGUCUCUUCCGUUACAUUGUAUCACAUCAGAUUAAGUGGAAAUAAACCUUUGAAUUGUU